UGGGGCAGCGGAGAUGGAUGUUGUUUAGCAGUAGGAAGUCCAGGUUAAGGAGCGUGAGGAUGAGGAAGUUAAAGAAGAGGACCUCAUUGAGGAAUGCUCCUGCCAAGGCAAAGAAAACAUCUCUAAAGACUGUGGCAGGGUUCGAAGACAUUGCGGUGUAUUUCUCGAGGGAAGAAUGGGCGUCUUUAGAAGAAGGACAGAAGGAGCUUUAUCGACAGGUCAUGAUGGAUAAUUACCAAACUUUCUACACUUUAGGUCACCGUAAUAAAAAACCCACAUUAAUAUUACGCCUUGAACAAGGAAAAGACCCAUCAGUAAAAGGCUGGGGAGGGCAUUUCAAAGCACAAGAUACCUCCAGCAACCAAACGGAUGAGCUGCAUACCUCACUGUUUACACCUGAUGGAUUGGCCGUAGAAGGGAUACGUUUGGUUGAUGACUUAGAAGGAGAACCUGAUGUUCCACUUAAAGAGGAGAGUCUGACCGUCAAGCGUCGAUACAACUUCCGAGACCGUGUUGAAGUAGCAUACUCUGUGUUUUUUGACGAUGAGAUAAGAGAGCUUAAGAGGAAGAAAGGUUUACGAACCAAGUUAAACUGCGAUAAAAUAGAGCCAAUGGUCUGCGGACUAUACUCUUGUAGUGAAUGUGGCAAAAAAUAUAAGCAGAAGUCCACCCUGGUCCAACACCAAAAAUUGCACACUGGAGUGUCAUGCUUCGUCUGUAUGAAAUGUGAUAAGUGUUUCACACAAAGGUCUAAUCUUAUAAGACACGAAAGAAGCCAUGCUGUGAAGAGACCAUUUGCCUGUCCUGACUGUGAGAAAUGUUUCAGUGAUUCCUCUGCUUUGCAUAAGCAUCAGAGAAUUCAUUCGGGACUCAAGCCAUAUAAAUGUUCGGAAUGUGACAAAACUUUCAGCAUCAGUAAUUACCUAAUUGUUCACCAGAGAGUCCACACGGGGGAGAAACCUUACGUUUGUGACAGGUGUGGGAAGUGUUUUGCACAAAGUUCUGCGCUCAUCACACAUUCAAGAGUACAUACCGGUAUAAAACCUUACGGUUGUAUCGAAUGUGGAAAGGGGUUCACAACUAGUUCUCACCUUAUCACUCACCAAAGGACCCAUACUGGAGAAAGACCGUAUCCAUGUGAAGAAUGUGGGAUGGCCUUCAAACACAGCACCCAUCUUGUGUUACACAGACGUAGACACACCGGGGAGAAGCCAUUCAGCUGUGAUAAAUGCAGAAAAAAGUUUUCUCAGAAAACCCAUUUCUAUAAACACCAGCAACGACAUCAUGAAGAUGAAUGAUGUCACAGCUAAGUCCAAAUACCUCUUUACAUCUGCUUUCAUUUUAGGAAACACUUUUGUAAAUGCUUGCCUAAUAUGCUUUUUUGAUGUAAUUUAAAGCUGGCCAUACAUUUGAGAUAAUGAUCGCACGCAUUGAGGCCAAUCAGUCAUCCAUGGGAUUGUUUAAACAAACGAUCCCACCAACUAAACUACCCGACUAAGCAGUAAUUAUUAUUAUUAUUAUUUUUUAUAAAAACAGACUCCCUGGUGCUUGAGCACAAUGGCAAGUGAUUGGCUGAAUUCGGCCAACAUGCAGUUCUGGCCGAUGAACGGACAAAGUUUUUCAGCAAGGCGGAUUGCAUUUUCGGCAGGCAAGAGUCUGCCGUCGGUGAUGGCGAAUAAGCUUGUUAGCGCUAGUUUUUCAAAUGACAGUCUGAAAUGUGCCAUUCUGGCCAACUUUAAUCUUAUGUGUAUGGCUACCUUAAGCCUUGUUGGCUUAUGUGUUGUGUUAACCUAACAACAUGACAACGAAGGUGGACAGCAUGGACUGUUGCAUUCUUUCUAGUCCUACAUUCCUCCCUAGUUGGUGGCACUAUCAUUUCAAGGUCCUUUUCAAUUCUCACAGUGACAUGUCAUACGUUUGUACCGGUUGAGGUCUAGGUGGUGAAGCACCUAUUGAUAGCUUCACCAAACUAAGUCAGAAGGGCUCAGCUGAGUGUUGUCUCCUUGACUUUGAUCAGCUUUUUCCUGGAAGGGUUUUCUGCAGAUCAGAAUUUAUGAGCCCAGUAUAUCUAGGUAAAAAUGGUCAGAAAGGAAGCGGUGCAGUGGCUUUCCAGUGGUGGUGGGGCUCCUUGGCAUCUUGGUUCCCACCAACCAAAAGUUCAGUUUGAUAGGUCAUUUCUUGAAUGGACUAAAGCUAGGUCACCGUCUGGAAGAAUAAGACCUGUAAGUUUCUUGUUCAACCUUUAAUAGUAAUCCAUCACCAGUAACCAUGCUACUGUUCAGUGCUACCUCUGUAGCGUCAGAAACUACAACAAUGCAGCACAAACUAGCUUCCCAACAGCGCCAAAUACCAGAAUGCACCACAAAAUGCCUUUUCAAGAGUGCCAGACAGAUGCCAAAAUAUAGCACAAAAUACCUCCCUACCAGCUCCAAAUACUGCCCAAGGUACACCAACCAGCAGCACAGAAUACCUCGCCAGAACCUGCACUUCCAUGAUGGCCAUUGCCGGCCACCAUUUUCUGUCCUCCUUCAGUUUUCUGUAAAUAAGAUGUGGACGAUGAGGCUGAAGAGGUGAGACGUGUGCCACAGCACUGUGUCAACCCCAUCUUUAGCAUGAUGUCUGGGUCAGCACUGCCAAACAUACGGCAUUCUGCCUUUGGUGCUGUUCCUAAAUUACAGUACCUCAACGUCAUUAACAUUAACGUACAUUAACCCCUUAAAGCUAUAUGAUGUAUCACACAGCUCUGUAGAUGGAACUGUAAAACUGUUAUCUCUGUCAGAAAGAACAGAAGUUUUUUUGGGGCGAAUAUUGCAAAGACUCUACAUCUCCACACACAGGGUUUUUUGAUGGGUGUCCAAAGUGUGGAUUCUCUGUGCUGAUAUUUUUCACGGCUUGUGGACAUGCCCUAGGAUUCGGGCAUUUUAGAAACAGGUCUUGACUUUACAGGUCUGACUUUACAAAGGCUCAUUUGACCUAUCCUUUUGCCAUACGAUCCAGUUUGGGCAGCCACGAGAAAGGCAUUUUUACAGGUGUGGAUUGCUCCGCAGGCACCUAAUAGGAGAUUCUUUUUAAGGAAGUUGUCAUACAAGUUCCAGAUGGAAUGGCUGGAGGGCUGUACUCAGGGUAGCGGGGAAAAAACUUUUAUAUUAACACUCCCUGGGCAUGUACGACUUAAAGUGAAAAGUCACUUUUUUGACCACUUGGUACCUAGAAAGGGAGGUACUGGGUGACCCUCCUAUUCCAUGACCCAGUUUCUAGAGACUUAUUGCUGGGUGUGUGAAGAUUCACCAGCUGCAAUAUUAUCCUUUUCGUGCCCCCCCCCCCCCCUCGAAAUAUUGUGUAUAUAUAUUUUUCUCCUCUGAGGCUUUUAUGUGAUGGACUCAUUCACCAGCAUCAUAUUCUGUGCAUGUCUAUUGCAUGAUGAUUGAUAUGGUUUACUGUGUAUGACUUGUUUGUAGAAAAAUAAAUAAAAAAAAUU